GUGAGGAGGUUGAGAAACAAGAGGGAGUUGUUGCCGGUGACACAGUUCAGACAGACACUCAACUCACUUCACACCUGCAGUUUCUACUGGCACGACCAGCUUGUUUCAAACAACCAGGGCUGGAAGCGCAGGCGAAAGAGAAAGAGAAAGGGUGGAGCUUACAUUGAGAGGUCAAGCAGACAAAAGGGGGAGCCGGUGGAUGUUUUUUAAGAGUUUGCUUAUCUGACAGUGACAACAGGAUGAGCAGCUGAGCGAGGGAGCAGGGAGGAAAAGAAAAAACAUGGAGCAAGCAGCAGCGUUACCCGUAGUCACAUAGGAGACAUAGGAGAGAAAUGCAAAGUCUGAGAGGAGAAACUCUGAGAGGAGUAAAAAAGAGACAGAGAAAGGUAAAUAGUCCACCUUGUUCAUUCUAUCCAAAGGAGCAAGAGAACGAGCCACGGGAUCGAAACACUGGAGCUCAAGGAUAAACCAUGGACUCUGCAUACAUCCCACCACACCUGGACGUCCAUCAUGCUCCCUGCUAACCUCCUGCUCCUCAUGUUCUUGCUGCUACCUCAAGCCUCGUUUGGUCGCCAAGGUGGAAACACCAGCGAGACUGAUCAUGGCAAGGUGUCCCCAGCACCUUCCCCCUCCUCACCCACCCCGUCCCUCCUGGAUCCCAGUCUGGCUCAGAGCAUCCAGACCCUCCUCUUGAGCCGGCUGGGCCUGCAGUCUCGGCCCGACCCAAGGCCUGGGGUGCCGGUGCCAAAGUAUCUCCUCGAUCUUUACCGCUUUCAUCAGCAGCAGUACCAUCUAGUGGAAGACCUCUCAUUUAGUUUCCCAAGCCAGCACAUUCACCAGGCCAACACUGUACGCAGCUUUCACCACAGCGAGCCCCUUGAAGACCAUCCCAAAGCAAAGGAUAACACAAGAGUGCACAUCUCCUUCAAUAUCUCCUCCAUCCCUCAGGAUGAGACGUUGCUCUCUGCUGAGCUUCGACUCCUCCGCAGUGACAGAGCUUCCCUGGGCCCUGGACCCCACAGACUGAACCUAUACCUCUCUAAACAACAAGAGGAUCCUGAGCCUACUCUUCUAGAGACACGAUUACUUAACAAUGGCCUCCACAAGCAGAAACCAAGUGGUUUCUGGGAGGCAUUUAGCUUAAGUGCAGAGCUCCUUCACAAGACCCAUGCUGAGAGCGGCCGCCUGGACUUCCUCCUGGAGGUCAAACCUGAGAACAACAACACCUCUCUCCCUGAAAAGAGCGUCUCCUCCGCUGCAGUUGAAGAUAAGAUAGGGAAACAAAAAGAGGGACACCUAAGGGUUUGCAGGUCCCUGGGGCAGGACGAUCACAGCUGGGCGCAAGAGAGACCCCUCUUGGUGACUUACAGUCACGAUGGCCGUGGAGAACCUUUAAUCAAACAUACCAGGAAAACCUCUGGAAAUGGCCAAAGAAUGAGAGGGAGAAAAGGAUCAAAAACAAGGGCCAGAAGUAGCAGCAAGAGCCACAACAGAGACCAAGGCUUGGGGAGGGCCAAAAAAAUAGGGUAUGCAAUGCAGGGCUGGGGGGGUGAUAAAGGAAGGGUCAGCUGGAGUGACCGUGGAAGGGUGAAAAGAAAUGGUGGUCAUUCUGCAAAACUGAAGCGCCUCUCCCGUGGCAGGUGCCGUCGUCAUCCUCUGUACGUAGAUUUCAAAGAUGUAGGGUGGCACAAGUGGAUCAUCGCUCCCAGCGGCUACGACGCCUUCUUUUGCCUGGGAGAGUGCCGUUACCCUUUGGCUGACCACAUGAAUGCCUCCAGCCAUGCCGUGGUUCAAACUAUGGUAAACUCUGUGAAUGCAGCUGUGCCCCGGGCCUGCUGCGUCCCCACCUCCCUCAGCCCCAUCGCCCUACUCUACCUUGACCCUCAGGACCGAGUUGUGCUGAAGAACUAUCAGGAUAUGGUGGUGGAGAGCUGUGGUUGCUGGUAGAGGGUCGGACAGCUCAAAGACAGAGACACUCCUGCACAAGCAGAAGAACGGCAUGGGAAUAUAAAUGAACAGGCGCAUGAAAUGACAAAUGGAAAGAAGACUCUAGCAGCCAGAAAAAACUGCAAGCAGAGAUUGAUCGAGGCAAAUGUAGCAGCAUAAGAAAUAUGUGUGCAGAGGAAGGAGAUAAGGGAGUGGAUAAAGCAGCUAAUUCAUCAUUAUCAGGAGUAAGUGGCCAAACACAGAAAAAAAUGAAAGUGCAACAGAAACAAAGACUGUCACUGAACAGGAAAAAUGACUAGACAUCAGGGCAGAGAAAGAUGCAAAAGCAGAAAUAUCCUUGACAAAAGUAAACUGCCAGGAAUAGCUUUCUUUCUCCCAUUUGCUGAUGAAGCAGCUGUGUAUAUCAUCAAUUUACAAUCUGCUUGUUCUGUUAUGUUGGAAAAAGAGGGCGAGCAUUCCCAUCAAGCUCAUCAAGCUCUGACGAAGUUAUCUUACAGGCAAAUGGAGUUCACUUUUGUAGAAAGCAAAAAAAGUGGUAAACCGUCAAAGUAGUCGUCUAUAAAUACACGUUAAACUCUGCUGACUUGGAGUUUAAUCUGCAUCUUUCUGGUGGACUUACUGAUUGAUGGCGACGACCGGCAUGGGCAUCGAAACUUUGUGUGACGGUAUCGUUUCUGCAGUAUUUGAACCAAGAGAAGAGUUAAUCUGUUUUAUGGAAGUUAAUUUAAAAGCAGAUUGUCUCGUACAAGCGACCACUACAUUGCAAGCUAUUUAAAACAAUAAUGCUGAGGAAUUAUUAUGCUAUUAUUUGAAUGUACUACUAUCAUUAUUAUUUAAGAAAGAGACUUUUUGUAAAUUUCUUUUGCAGAUAUGAAGUAAAUUCAUGUAACAGUUGUGAUUAUACAUAAUCCCACUGAAUUCUAACUUAAAAGACACAUUAUGUAUUUAAAAAAACAGCAUUGUGGUGUAUUUAAUCUUAAAAAAUAUUUAAGAUACCUGAACUCAUCAGAGCAAACGGAAAGGCUGCUGUCCACGAGAAAUAAGUUAAGAUAGCUUUACAUCCAUGCAAAUGUUCAGUGUAUUGAAUACAGUCUGUGUUACUUCCUAUCUUAUCACUUCACACAUUUUGGUGUACAACAUACAAUAGCAGGUGUAACUGUGGUAUUACCUCUAGAAGCUCAACUAACACAUCAAUUGAAGGCUCGGUGUAUUGUAGCUGCUGAAGUGUGUAACAACAAGUGUCUUUGCUGUAGUUGUGUCUGCACAAAUCAAGAAAAAAAAAAGACAGACUGAUAUAAUAACUGGGGACCUCAGUGCCUUUCAAACCGGGGCGUUAAAAGUGUUCUCUGCUGAGCUUUGUAAGCGUUUUCAGUGUUGCAUUUUUGUCUCUAAAUAGAAACAUUUAAGCAAAAGCUUGUUAAAUGUUUGACAGUAUACCUCUAAUAAACAGAGCAAACAGCAAAACUGA